UCUACACUUAACGUGUGGAGUUGUGUGGUGAAGUGAGUGGGAGUGACACAGCAGGUGCGAGAACCCCAAACUGUCAUACACAUACACAUGCACAAAGGGUGAGAAACAGGGUGGAGAAUGAAAUCAUUUCAAAGAGAGCGAGAGAUGCACAUGAGAGAGUGAGGAAACAGAAAGAGUGAUUGUGAGAUACUGAAACACAAGCACAGAGGGACGAUACAAGAGAGUGGUGAGGAGAGAGAGGAAGACGAAUUGGAGUUAGAGGCGAAUAAAGAGGGACCAUGCUGAGGAGGAAGAGGAGCGUAUCCUUCGGUGGAUUCGGAUGGCUUGACAAGUCUUCCAUUAGCGCCCUUCGAGCUCGGAAGCAGGAGAUGCUGACUAUCUCCAAUGUGCCCCUGGCAGACUGCCCUCCCUCGCCCCCCAGAACCGCCCCUCCCACCAUGAAGUCUACUCAAUUUUUUGAUGUGCUGGAAAAGAUGGAACAGGUUUCUGAGGUGGAGGAAAUGAGGCCACAAAGAGUAAAGGAUGAUUAUAUUCCAUACCCACGGAUAGAUGAGGUGUUACAGAGGGGUGAGCCAUACCCUCAGGUCAUCCUGCCUCAGUUCGGCGGAUACUGGAUUGAAGAUCCCGACGCCCCUGCCGCCAUUCCGAACUGGAUGAAUGGAUUUUAUGAUGAUGAAGACGGAGAAGGAAGGAAUUUAGGAGAGUUUGGCUACACACUGGAGAGUAACUUCGCCAUUCGUGCGUACCGCAAGCACUUUAUUGGCAGGGAACAUCUGAACUUCUACUGCACGGCCAGUAACCAUGGCAACCUCGUACUGUCCCUCAGACACGAGGAGGUGAAGGAGCAAGAGUACCUGCACAUCAUUCUCAGGGCACCAUCAAAGACAGUUUAUGACAGGAUCUCUUUGGCUGGCUUGACUGAGCUCCCCAGUGUCCCUCAGUUAGCAAAGCUACUAUGUGAAGACAUUGUAGGUCUAAGAUUUAGUCCUGUGCUAUACCCAAAGGGCUCUCAUUUAAUAGUGAAUUAUGAUGAACAUGAGUUAAACAACACCUUUAAGUUUGGCGUCGUCUACCAAAAAUUUGGACAGACCUCAGAGGAGGAGUUGUUUGGGAACAAUGAGGAGACUCCAGCCUUCACAGAGUUCCUCCGAGUGCUGGGAGACUGUGUAGAGCUGCAGGACUUUAAAGGGUUCCGAGGAGGUUUGGAUGUGUCUCAUGGUCAGACAGGGUCUCAGUCGGUCUACACUGUGUUCAGAGGGCAGGAACUCAUGUUUCACAUCUCCACCAAACUACCCUAUACAGAGGGAGACAUGCAGCAGGUCCAGAGGAAGCGGCAUAUUGGGAAUGACAUUGUGGCUGCAGUUUUUCAAGAGGAGAGCACGCCGUUUGUGCCUGACAUGAUUGCUUCCAAUUUCCUCCAUGCCUACAUUCUGGUUCAAGUGGAAAACCCUGGAACAGAUGACACCACAUACAAGGUAUCUGUCACAGCUCGUGAAGAUGUGCCACAGUUCGGCCCUCCGCUUCCCAAUCCGCCCAUCUUCAAAAAGGGUCCAGAAUUCAGAGAGUUUCUGCUGACCAAGCUGAUCAAUGCAGAGUUGGCAUGCUACAGGUCAAACCGAUUUGCCAAGCUUGAGGAAAGAACACGAACAGAACUGCUAGAUAACCUUCAUAAUGAGUUACACAAGCGCACACAGACAAUGCUGGGUCAUCCGCUCAGCGCAGAUGAAGAGAGGAUGGAGAACGGAGGACAUGGAGGAAUACUGGAGUCUAUUAAGCGGGCGAUGCGUGUGCGCAGUCACUCUAUGGAGACAAUGGUGGGCUCACAGAAACAUGGCCGCUGUACUUCGGCGGGAGGGGGCGUUCCCACCAGCCUGAGCGGGGUAGGCUUGACCCACAGCAACACUGAGGCUGCCAAGAACUCUUCUCCAGUGACGUCGAGCGCUAAGUCUCCGCUGAAGAGCCCGGUGAAGAGACGCUCAGGGCUGUUCCCACGGCUGCACACCAGUAUGGACGGACAGUCAGAGCGCCACACACGCAGUGUCCUAUGUGAUCAGAGAAGUCUAGAUAGCGGUCAUCUCUCACAGGAAGUGAGAUCAGAGACGUCGUCCAAUCCUAGCUCUCCAGAGAUCCUAAACAAUGAGAGGUCGCCUCUCAAGCUGAAGGAGGUCAGUGGAAAACCAGAUAUUUCUCGUUCCUCCUCGAGCACCAGCAGCUUCAGUAGUGCUGCAGGAGACCCAGAGACUCUGGAGGAGAAGGAGCCUAGCAGCCUCCAGAUAUCUCCCAGUCUCUCGCCUGUAUUUGGCUCUGUGAGCACAGAGGGCCAGGGUUCAGGAACGCCAGUGAUUAUGUGCCGCAGUCCAACAGAUUUUAGGAAUAAGAACUCACCCAGAUCCAAUCUGAAGUUUCGCUUUGACAGAUUGAGCCAGUCCGCUGCUGGACAUUAGCAAAGAGAAUGUCAAAGACCACCAGAAUCAUUGAAAGCAAUGGAUCAGCACUGAAGAUCAGACACUGUCGGAUGGAAGGAGGGAAAUUAAAAAGUAGCACAUCACUCAAUCCUGUGCUCCAGUCUGAACGUCACAGGAAGAAGCACAUAUCUCCUCUAGUAUCUGCAGGUUAUCAUCUGGUACUGACUUGGCACAUUUAUUGAUUUUGCACAUUUUGAGAAAGUCUUUCACUUUAAAAGAAAAUAAUCAAAUAUUUUGUGUGUUAAUAAAAUACAAUCUUUUACAAACUGGAUUAGCAGUUCAAUAAUUUUCACUCAAUAAUAAUAAAAUGACACAUAUUAUAAUUCCCAGCACCUGAAACAUUCCACAGUAUCGCAUAACUGCACUUGACCGGCUCUAUGACUAACAGACUGGAUAUAGUUUGAUGAAACUGACCACAACAGAUAUUCAUUAUACAAAUUCAUUUCAUCUUUGAGAAAUAAAUUGUUAGCACAGCAUCGCCUUCCUCUGUAAAUCUCAAACUUGUGCAAUACCUUAAAAAAUAUGCCCUAGAAUUGUUUGGAGAUGUAAAAUUACUGUGUCCCCUGAAGGUUUAUUUGUAGUACUAAACUCUUUUUUUUAAAUGGGUACUUCCAUGACUGAUGCCUAUGUGUACAUAUUAGAAAAUCACUGAUUACACUUAUGUGUAUAUUUAUUGUGUAUAUUCAUGGAAGGAAAUGCAGAAGAAUAAAUCUAUAUUGUCACAAACAGCUCAGAUGUGUUACACUGUGACACUUUAAGAAAGACUUUUCCAUUCUGUUCUUUGGUAAAAUUAUUUUUUGUUUCCCUGCUUAACAAAAUGAGCUGUGUUAAUUUAUUUCUCUAUGAUUGUAUUGCUACACGUGUAAAGGUUUAUGUAUGGCCAUGUUGAUUUUGUUAAAUAAAAUAUUGUAUUUUGCA